AUGCCCCCCAUAAUGACCGAUAAUCCUGCUAUUUUGCCAGACCAUUACAGCAAUGGCCAUGUGCCUGUAUUUACUCCGACAAUAGACCAAUUUGCUGAUUUCAACAAAUUCGUGAAGGCCAUCAAUUCAUAUGGUAUGGAAUCAGGGAUUGUCAAAGUGAUUCCUCCAAAAGAAUGGGUCGAUGCAUUACCACAAAUCACCGCCGAAAAAAUCCUGUCGGUGAAGAUCAGAAACCCUAUUGUACAAAACAUCAACGGGGCAAAAGGAGUCUAUGUAGCGGAAAAUAUCGAAAAAAAGCGAACUUUCAGUUUACCAGAAUGGAAAAAACUUUCACAGAUGUCGAACCAUCAACCACCGUAUCCAAGAGGUGCGAAACGAAGACAAUCGAUCGUGAAAAACGAGGCUGCUGCCCAGAAAGUUGAUCAAACCGAGUUUGAUUAUAAUAUCAAUACCGAUGAUUUCACCCCCGAGCGUUGCGAGUUUUUGGAAAACAAUUAUUGGAAAACUUUGUCUUACGCUCAGCCAAUGUACGGAGCAGAUUGUCUCGGAUCGAUCUUUGAUGACUCCAUCGAUUGCUGGAACGUUGCCCGCCUCCCGAACCUUCUCGACUACUUGGACGCCCUGAUACCCGGGGUCAACGAUGCCUAUUUAUACGCUGGUUUAUGGAAAGCGUCAUUUGCCUGGCAUUUAGAAGACCAAGAUCUUUAUUCGAUAAAUUACUUGCAUUUCGGGGCCCCAAAACAAUGGUACUCGAUCCCUCAAACCCAGGCUCAAGAGUUUUAUUCAUUAAUGGUAGAAUCGUUUCCCGAAAACCAUAAACAGUGUUCGGAGUUUCUACGACACAAGACGUUCAUGGCCAGUCCAAGUUUCUUGGAAUCAAAGGGUAUCCAAGUCAACAAGGUCACUCACCAUCAACACGAAUUCAUCAUCACUUUCCCGUUCGGGUAUCAUGCGGGGUUCAACUACGAUUAUAAUUUGGCAGAAAGUGUGAAUUUCGCCUUAGAAGAAUGGCUUGAUAUGGGGUUGAAGUCCAAAAAAUGUGAAUGUAUUGCCGACUCUGUGGGGAUUGAUGUAGUAAAAUUGAUCAACGAUAUCAAAAAAUCUGGAGAUAACGAAGAAGUAAAUAAUUACCAAUUACCUGAAGAUAAAAUGGCUGCAAAAUUCAAUGAAAGGCAUUCAUUAUCCCCAUUGUCUAAGGAGCCUCUAAUUCAAAAACAAGAUGAUGAAUACGUGGGGGUGAAGAAAACUGAAGUAUUUAAACCUCUUAAAAUAAGGUUGAGGUUUUAUGGUGAUGGAAUUCUGCAAAAGAAAACCAAGAGAAAAUAUACUACUACUAUUACUACUACUACUAAUAAUAAUAAUAAUGAUGUUGAUGAUGAUGAUGAUGAUAAUAAUAAUGGUACGAUUGAAUCUGCAAAGAAACCUAAAAUUAAUGAUGGGUUUCUUGCCGUAUAG